AUUGUCUUAUUAUUCCUUAUUAUUAUUAUCAUCAUCUCGUGAAGUGAUAAGUAAUUAUUUUAUUAAUAAUAGUAAUAUACAUAACGCAUUCCGGCAUUCGUCCGACGUCCAGAUUAGUCGAUAAUCGGCGAUUAGCAUUUCUCCAUUUGUCAGUCACUGUUCGCGAAGAUCGAACAGUGUUCGUCUUGUAAUGCCCGAAUGGUUCAUUUGGUAUCGACCGAACAACUGCUGGUAACUUAGAACCGGAACGAGUUUGUCUGCAUUUACAUUAGUCAUGUCGCGAGAAUACUACAAUCUGCGAUUCGUCGUCACCACACCGACGCUAUCCAUCACCGAGUACAACUGCCUAAAAGAACCGUGCAACCAGAUUGGAUUUCUAAUUGGAGAUAAAAAAAUUAAAGUUUCAAAUGUUAUAACUGAUGAGUCAUUGAACAAUACCAUCACGGAAGAAACAAUAUGUAUUCACGCUUCAUAUCCGCUACCAGAUUUUCAUGAACAACUAUGUUCAAACCCAUUACAAAUAGAUUACAAAAAAUUGAAAUACUUCUUACAAAAAUGUCCAGAAAAUUAUGAAAAAUCUAUUGUUGGUUGGUACAGAUUUCGUAGAAAUGCUGUAUUAUCUCCCAGUAUUGCUGAUAUUCGUUUUCACGCUCAACUCAGUAAUAUUUUUGAUAAAAUGAGUGUAUCAACAAACAAAUUUUUAUUUUGUAUGUUCAACCAUAACUAUAUUGGUUCUAUGGAUCAUAAAUUCAAUCAUAUUUUUUACAGAUGUGACACUGGGAAAUGCUUGAACCCAGUUAAAGUUGAUAUUGUGAAUUUGAGUACAAAACCUUUCAUUGAAGAUGAUAAUCUUGGAUAUAAAACAAACAUUAAUUUAAUUGACAACUGCAAAGCAUACACAGACACUAUAAAUAAAGUAUUUGGAAAUGGGAAAGAUCAGUGUUCAAAAGUGUCGGUAUACAACAUGAGAACUGCUUUAAUUGAGGAGAUGAAUAAAAUGGUUAAACGAAUUGUAGAGAAUGAACAAGAAGUUAUCAAACUAAAUGCAUCCAUUGAAGAGAAAAAAAAAGAAAUAGAAAAGAAAAAUAAUGUUAAGUCAUGUGUUCCUAAAAAUUAAUGAUUUUAUUUAAAAAAAAAAAAAUGAAUGUAUUUUUAAUUUGUUAUUACUACUUCCUUUAGUUAACAAUUACGAAAAACUUUCAUUUUUAUUACUGAGUAUCUUAAUAUUUUUAUAUAGCUAUUAUUGUUAUAAAAUAAAAUAUAAGUUACCUUUAA